AUGAUCUCGAAAUUGGAAGCCGACGAAACUGCAGUCAACGAAUUGGGAGAAGCCACCAGCAAGGUAACCCUGGAGAACCUCGUGGAAGAAUGCCAUCGCGUGGCCAAUCUCAAGCAGGACACAUUGAUGGUGGAGAACAAAGAAGCACGCAACGUCAACAUUGUUUCUCGCAACCAGAAUAAUCCUGCCUCAAAAAAGAACCAAAAAGUGCCGAAAACGCCAUGUUGGAAGUGUGGCGACCAGCACUAUGUUCGUGAGUGUCCGUUCGCUUCGCACACCUGUUCCAGAUGCAAGCAACAAGGACACAAGGUAGGUUAUUGCAACAGCAACAAGAAUACGCCGUCGAAACCGUUCAAACAGGCCAAAUCCAAAGAGAACGUGAAGACAAAAAGCAUCUACACGGUUCGCAACAUCGGAAGCAAGCGGAAGUUCAUCCCGGUCGAGCUCAAUGGUGUAGCAGUCAAACUUCAACACGACUCGGCGUCCGACAUCACCAUAAUCUCAGAAGAAACAUGGAUCAGCAUCGGACAGCCACCCACUCAACCGACGGAAGAAUCUACAGUUACAGCUUCUGGUGGCAAUCUCAACCUUCUCGCUGAGUUCCAGACCGAGAUCACCAUCAAGAAUGUUACCAAGACUGGUCGCAUUUUCAUCUCAAGCAGCGCUGAACUCAACGUUCUAGGAAUCGAGACUAUGGAUCUGUUCGAUUUGUGGUCUGUGCCGAUAAGCAGCUUGGUCAACGUCGUACACCCACGUUCUGAUCAGUUCACCAAUCAACUCAAGCAACAGUUUCCGGAAGUUUUUCGAAGCACGCUGGGUAGAUGCACAAAAGCGCAAGUGAAGUUGUACCUCAAGCUUGACGCACGUCCUGCAUAUUGCCCGAAACGACCAGUAGCGUACGCUGCACUCGCCAAGGUGGACGCAGAACUUGAGGCUCCAGCAAAACGGUAUAAUUUCUCCAGUUCAAUUCUCGGACUGGGCAGCACCAAUAGUCGUCGUACGCAAGUCGGACAAUGUAUCAGUCCGUGUAUGUGGCGAUUAUUCGACGGGGCUGAAUAA